GGGGAAAUCCCAAAUCGUACCAAAAAGUAUUGCAGAAAUGAACGCGAUAGCCAGGCGAGUUAGUGCUACUAUCUUUGCUCCGGCGAGUCAGGGGGCUAACUCGCUGGGUCGUGAUCCUAGUCAGAUUCAGCAAUGGAGAGGGAUACGGGUGAAGGUAAGGAACGGGAACUUGGAGCGCGCGUUGGCGUUGAUGCAGAGGAAGAUGCAAUCGAGCGGAAUCGAGCGGCUGAUAAAGCAGGAACAGACUCAUCACAUUAAGAACUCGGAGAAGCGAGUUUUGGCACGCAAGAAUCUGGAGCGUAAGAUUCGAUCGCAGGAGCUUGCUCGCAAGCUCCAAACUAUCCUCAUCAAGAAAGUCAGGGGUCUAUGAGGACAGCUUUGGUGAAGUUGCUGGUAAAUUUUGCAGAAAAUUUUUCAUUUUCUUAUGGAAUUAAGGAUCAUGCAAACUUUACUUUUGCUAAACCUCAUCAGUUGGCGAAUGGCGGUGGCUUUGUACUGAUUUCAAAUUAAUGUAGUCUUUCAGGAAUUUACCUGGUUGAGAAAUUGAUGAUACCUUUCUGUGGGUUGAAACAAUUACUACAUGAAAUCCACUUUUCUUCAGCCGUGAUCUCCUGUUAUGUUUUUGGCUCAACAUGAACUAUAAGAUUGUUGACCAUGGCGAUGAUUAGCUGCUUUUAUUCAUUCACAUCUGUGUACUGGUAAAACAUGUGUAAGCAGCAGCAAACUAUGCAAUCCCAUCUUGACUAUAAUGUUCAUGUGGGAGUGAUGGCUUUGAAAUGCUUGAUUUCAAAUGUUCAAGCAUGCUGUUGAAAGUGAAUUGAAAGCGAAUGCAAAUUGUGGUGGAUUUCCUUAGCAA